AUCGCCGCCUCCGCCAUGGCGUUCCUUCCUGUGCGGAGCUUGCUCCUUAUCGGCGUCAUCGCCUCCUCCUCCGCCUUCGUGCCCUCAGUUUCUCUUAGAGGAGCCUCCCCUGCUCGUUCGUCCCUCCCGGCUGCGUCCAGGGUCGCCCGCCAUGGAGCAGUGGUUGCCACCAAGAUGAACACUGAGACGAAGCCAGAGGGGUUCGGUGCUUCGCACACCUCCUUCUACACCAGCGCCAAGGCCAAGGACAGCUAUGCUACCUUGGAUGAAGUGCUCAACCAGAAGAUGAAGGACGAGGGAGUUCGCCAGGUUACCCGGGAGAUGUUGGAUGCUGCUGUUAAGAUCACCGAAGCUCUCCGCGUCAACCUCGUUACUGUUGCUGACGCUCAGAACUCCGUCUUCGGCGACGUUCAGCUCGGCGUUGAUGUGAUCGCCGACAACAUCAUGUGGGAUGCUGCCAAGGCCUCCAAGGUUGUCAAGGAGGCUGCUUCCGAGGAGGAGCCUGUUCUCGUUGAGACCAACCCCAACGGUCGCUUCACCAUCUGCUGGGACCCCCUUGAUGGAUCUUCCAUCGUUGACAACAACUGGGCCGUAGGAACCAUGAUCGGCAUCUGGGACAAGAAGACUGGCAUGCUCGGCGCCACCGGCCGUGACCAGGUUACUUCCAUCGUCGUGCUCUACGGACCCAGGACCACCGCCCUCGUCGCUUGCGAUGAUGGUGUGUACGAGUUCACCUGCGGAGCUGGCAACAAGUGGAUCGCCUCCCGCGAGAAGAUCCAGAUCAAGAAGGACUCGAAGAUCUUCUCGCCUGCCAACUUGCGCUGCUGCCAGGAGGACGCUGGAUACGAUGCCCUUGUGAAGCACUGGAUGGAGAAGCGUUACACCCUCCGCUACUCGGGCGGACUUGUCCCCGACGUCUACCAGCACUUCACCAAGGAGAUGGGAGUCUUUGCCAACCCCACUUCCCCCAAGUCUCCUGCUAAGCUUCGCGUCGCAUUUGAGAUCGCUCCCUUCUCCCUCCUCGUUGAGAAGGCUGGAGGCAAGACAUCUGAUGGCGUCACUGGCAACUCCUGCCUUGAUAUCAAGAUUGAGGCUGUCGAUCAGCGUACCCCUGCUUGCCUCGGCUCUGCCAACGAGGUCGAUCUCUUCAACAAGAUGGUUCUCGGCAAGUAAAAAGAUUUUUGGUAUCUCUUGCAUGAACUAGUCAAAGCAAACAAACAACUAUACGAGUC